AUGUCUUCUACAGCAUCUUCAAGCGAUUCCGAUAAUAGUAGAAGACAACGCCAACCAGGUCCAAGACCCCCACCACUACCUCCUCCUCCUCCACCAUUUCAAGGGAACAAUAAGAAAUCAAAGAAGAAAAACAAAUACGUAGCACCUCAAGAUACGAUCGAUAAACUUUGGUCUCGAUUCUCUGUAUCCAAAUUCAGUAAAGCUACAAAAGUUUUACCAAAUGCAGCGCCUUUUGCGAGUGGAACAUCAGCAAAGACCGUUAUUGUUCCUCCACCUGGCCCGCAGAAUCAGCUUGUUUCCGAAGACUUUGAAAGAGCGGUUCAAGAAUGCAGAGCCAAAGUUAAGAAACUUGUUAAGGAAUGUAGGCGAGUGAAUAUGCGGUUUCGUGAUGCAAGCUUUGAUAUAGACUGGGACUUGAAAUGGGAGAAAGGGAAUUGUUUGAAUACACUUGAAGAAAUAAGAUUUGAAGUUUGCAAACGCGCUCUUAUCAAUCCUUCAUCUUCCGGGCCGAAGGCUGUCAAGAGAGUUCACGAAAUAUUUGAUAAGCCAACAUUCUUAGGAGAUAAGAUUUCUCCUUCGGAUGUCAGACAAGGAAGUCUCGGGGAUUGUUGGUUGAUGUCUAGUUUGACAGCUUUGGCAAAUACGAAAGACGGAAUUCAAAGAAUAUGUGUUGAAUGGGACACAAAAAUCGGGAUAUAUGGCUUUGUGUUUCAUCGUGAUGGUGAAUGGAUCAUAUCUAUUAUCGAUGACAAGCUCUAUCUGAAGUCGCCAGAUUGGGAUUCACCCUCAGUCCAUAGACAUUUACUCGAGCAAACCGACCGAGAGGACGUUGAAAAAGAAUAUCGAAAAACAUAUCAAACAGGGUCUCAGUCAUUAUUCUUUGCGCAUUGUAAAGAUCCAAAUCAAACAUGGCUUCCUCUUCUCGAAAAGGCUUAUGCUAAAGCACACGGGGAUUUCCUUUCAUUGAGUGGAGGAUGGAUAGGGGAGGGUCUUGAAGAUUUGACAGGAGGCGUAACCACGGAACUUCUUACUUCGGAUAUUCUUGAUACUGAUGAAUUUUGGCAUAACGAAAUUCUCAAUGUCAACAAAGAAUUUCUUUUUGGUUGUUCUACAGGGCUUCUCGAUUAUGGUUAUGGCAAUAGAGACGGAAUAUCUGAAGGUCAUGCAUACGUUAUCAUGGAGGCUAGAGAGUUAUCUACUGGCGAGCGUCUCCUCAAAUUAAGGAAUCCAUGGGGGAAAAUCAAAAAAGGUAAUUGGGAAGGUCCGUGGUCAGAUGGGAGUAAGGAAUUCACCCCUGAAGCUCAGAUAGAGCUCAACCAUAAAUUUGGAAAUGAUAGUGUCUUCUGGAUUUCAUAUCAGGAUUUACUACGCAAAUAUCAACAUUUUGAUCGAACUCGGUUGUUUGUGGAUAGUCCCGAUUGGCGAUUGAGUCAAGAGUGGAUCAGCGUAGAGGUACCUUGGAGAUCCGAGUUUGAACAGAAGUUCACUAUAACGCUCAAGAAGGAAUCACCAAUAGUUUUGGUUAUGAGUCAACUCGAUGGCAGGUAUUUUAUUGGUUUACAUGGUCAAUAUCACUUCAGAUUGCAGUUUCGAGUUCAUGAGAUAAAUUCACCAGGCGAAGAAGAUUACAUCAUCCGAAGCCAUGGGAAUUAUCUUAUGAGCAGAAGUGUGGUCGCUGAGUUGAAAAGUCUCUCUGCCGGAACAUACACAGUAUACAUGAUGGUCAUAGCAGAAAGGGAUAAAGGUCUACAGAGUGUUGAAGAUGUCUUGAAAGAUGAAUUAAGUCGAAGGGAAGAUAAUGAGAAAUUGGUUCAAGUUGGGAUUUCUUACGAUUUGGCUCACCAGAAAGGAUUAUCUCAUAUGGAUGCAAGAAUCAAAUUCAGAAAGGCUCAAGAUAAAGCAAAGGCCCGGGAGUCGAGGAUUGCUAAACGCAAAGUUCUUUGGGAGAAAAGACACAGUGCGCGGGAGAUAGUAAGGAAGCAAAAGAAGAAGAAUCAGGAGAAGCGUGAAAGUAAAUCAGCAAAAGAUGCCGAGUGGGCAAAGGAACAAGAAGAACGUGAGCCAAAGGACCAAGGUGUUCAAACGGAGGAUAUUCCAGAAGUUCAAAUCGAGAAACAAGACAAAUCAAUACAAACUGAAGAUCCUAAUGAGGAGUCGAUAAGCACUACAAUUGAUACGCAACCUAUGAAUGAAAGGGACAAGGCAGUCCAGACAGAAGACUUUACACCAUCUUCUAAUGAGUCUCAGACAACUCCUGUAACUCCAAAAAGUAAUGGUUCAUCUCCACGUUCACCGUAUACGAUGAUUCCGGGAUCUGGUACCAAUCGCCGCGAAUCACUACCUCCACCUUCAAGCUUUGUUAAUCUUCGUAGACAUUCGAGUCGUCCACCGAGCUAUGGUCGAGGUCCUCCUCCCCCAAGACCAGGUCCAUAUGUUACUUCGGAGGGGGAAUCAAGUGCAAGUCCUCUUUCAGAUUAUGAUAUGUAUAGUGACGAUGAUCCGACCCUUAAGCCACGAAAUCAGCCAAACAAGCCAAAACCACCAAAGGAAAGAGAGGUUGAUGAAGAUGAACCAGAGCCAUGGAAUGCGGUGUGUAUUAUUGGCUUCAGGGUGUAUAGUAAGGAUGAAGGCUUAUUGCUUAAUGUUUGCGAGGAGGGUGUGGGGGAAGAAGGGAGUCAAGAGACUGAGUUGAAAGGGGAGAAUGAAGCUGGGAUCGAUGGUGAUGUGGAAGAUGCCGAAGAUGAAAAGAACACUGAGAAGAAGGGGAGAAAUGAGAGAGAUAGUAAAUUGAAAGAUACUGCAACAGGAGACGACUCAACACCUUCCGAUAUCGCAACCAAAAUCGAACCUGAUAAAGACUUGAAUAUCGCUAGCUCCGAUUCCCACAGCGUGGUUACUGAAACCUCUUCGUCAGUCGACGGUGACCAUAAAGAAAUUCUUGCCGAGAAGCAACCCCAAGUAGUCACUAAGAACUUAGAAAUUAAGACAGACGACGACGCUCAGCAGAAGUCAGGUCUGGUGACCUCGGAGGCUACGCUAGAUGACGUUGUGAAGGAAUCAGUUCCUCAAUUCGGCAUUGCAACAUCAAGCGCUUCUUUGACUUGCAAUUAA